CGUCCCUCCCUCCCUCUCUCACUACCACCAACCAGCCUCAUACAACACAUACCUACCACCAUCACCACCACAAUUCUUCUCAAAAGAAUAACUACCAAAAUGCCUCCUACACCCCGCCCCCUAACCCUCAUCGUCGCAACCACCCCCAUCCCAACCCCCAACCCCACCACCGAGAGCAGCAGCAGCACCCCAAUCCGCCUCGGCAUCGGCCACUCCGGCACGCUCCCCUGGCCCCGAAUCAAAACCGACAUGUCAUUCUUCGCACGGGUGACCUCCCGGCCCCCAAGCCCAGGAACCACCAACGCGAUAAUAAUGGGUCGGAAGACGUACGAUUCCGUGCCGGCGCAUCUGCGUCCGCUGGCGAAGCGCAUUAGCACCAUCAUUACCCGCGAUGUGGAGGGGUUGAAACCGAGGGUGGCGAGGGAGGUUGAGGAACGGAAGGCCAAGAUGGCUGCGUCUGCGGCAGCAGCUGCUGGGGGUAAUGGUAAUGCUGCGCAGCAGCAGCAGCAGCAGCAGCCCGCUACGGACGCAAUCGUGUGUGGGGGAUUGGAUGAGGCGCUGCAGGAGCUGGAGACGAGGUAUGGAGAAGGGAAACUUGGCAAGGUGUUUGUGAUUGGUGGGGCGGAGAUAUAUGGGGCUGUUUUGGCUGCGAAAGGAGGGCCGGUGAGGAUUGUGAUGACGAAUGUGGAGAAGAAGGGCUAUGCGGAGGGGGAUCUGGGGGAGGUGUUUGAGUGUGAUACGUUUUUUCCGGUGGAUGAGGAGUUGUUUGGCGAGAAGGAGGGGUGGAGGAGGGUUUCGCCGGAGGAGGUUACCGAGUGGGUUGGGGAGGAGGUUACCGGGAGGUGGAUUGAGGAGGGGGACGUUAGGGUGCAGAUGGUGGGGUAUGAACGGGUGUAAAUGGUAGAGUUGAGGGAGGGUAGAGGUAGAGGCUAUGUGCGCGGGCGUACAUGGGUGUCUAUCAUGGUGAAGUUGAUAUAGUUCUGGCAGAGUCUAUGUAUACGGCAGAUAUGUACAGUCUAGAUAACAACUAGCCGCCCUAAUAAUGCUGGUACAAAUCACAUGCUCUCGCUGAAAUAACAAGUCAAAAACCAAAAUCAGAG